AGCUGCAUUAUAUUCUACUUUCUAUUUCUUUGCAGCAAAAAAAUAAUAUGAAUAUACAGAUGAAUAUUGAAAAGAGACAGACGUGAGAAGAGUGCAGAUAGCUGCAAAGAACAAACAUUGAGAUCAAUUAAUAGAUAUAUCACGCGUUUGAUAUAGAUAUUUGUGGAUGGAUAUCUGUUUUCUGUGAUGGAUGAACCACCUGAAAAAUUACCAUGCAAUACGCUAACUGCCAAAGAAUUGUUAUGCAACAAGGGUAUCAGUACUUGCUUACUGGAGGAAUGGGAGAGGUCUUUAAAGACUUUGCCUAAAAGUGGAAAGAAACAUUUUGAACCUGAUAACUCUUGGCUACAAAAUAUCCAGAUUGAGAAAGGACUUAAAAAGCGUAAAGAUUUGUUAAAUGUCGAAAGAGUCGAACGUAUCUCAGAAUUAGCUAGUGCCGAGUGGCUACCAUCCCAAAAGCGAGCUCUUGUUACUAAAAGAUCUGGUCAAGACUGGAGCAACUUUGGUCUAGAGAGAAAUGGUUCCUUAUAUUUGCUACCAGAAGAGGCAUUAUUCCUCAUAGAAACAAAUUGCCUUGAACUCAUUUGGAAUGGAUUAUCAUGCUCGAUUCAGCAAGCAUAUGAAAUCUUGAUUGAUGACUCAGUAUGUACCUUGGAAGAAUAUAGGGUUUAUAGUCAAUUAACACGUUAUGGCUACCGUAUACAGCGCUAUUUUUAUGAAGAGUCAGAUAAGUGCAAUAGAUCGGAUGACCUUACUCUUGUUAAACGGAAAAUUAUUGUUGAUCCUGAGAAUGGAUUGAGAAUGUCUGAUAAUCAACCACAGAACAAGCAAAAUGUAAAGAAAUCAAAACUAACUUUAACAAACAAUAUGCCGGAAACAUCGGAUAAAUCUGUUAAUCUUAAUGUGGAAAAACAUGAAAAGACUACAGUACAAGAAUUUGUAAAACAAGUAAUAUCUGAUCUAGUAGACCAGGUUGUAUGUAAUAUAGUGAAACGUCAUGAAAAUGAGCCAGCUACUUUCCGAGAAGUGGAAAAUAAUGUCAUAGAAAAGACUGCAAACAGCGAAGAAAAAAAUCGACAUUCUAAACCAGAAAUAAUCUCUGAUGAAACUUUGUUAGGCAAUAUCAAAAUUCUCAGAGACACAUCAUGUAAAGUAUCAUGGCCAGGUGCUCGCAUUCAACGUAACGUGAAGCAGUUGCCUAAAAGAAAUGAUAAAGUAUCAUUUCCAGAAAUUUCUAUAAUCGAUUCUGAUACCAGUGAAAAUUCCAGAUAUCCAGAGAAGCGAAAAGCAGUUUCGCAAAUUGAUGAGUUACAUACGAAAAAGUCAAAGCAUGAGGUGAUUGAGUUAUCUGAUGAUGAAGUUCAGGAAUUACCACGUUGUAUGACAAGAAUGGAAAUGUUAAAUCUACUACCAAAUAUUGCCUUCCAAUCGGAAAUUAACGAGAAAAUUUCCAGGCGAUAUAUACCGCACAAUAUAAGGCCUCAGAAGAGCACAUAUCAAUAUAAUCGAACGAUGAUUUUAAAUAUGCAGGAAAACGACAAACUAGCGCGACAGAAUUGCAAAAAUGAUAGAACUAAUGCGAGACAAAACACGUCUCACUCUAGGAGUUCUCUUGCAAUUAAUAACAGAAACGCUUCUUUUCAAAAUCAACGUUCACUCUUACGUAGUCCAUCGCGAUCUUUUUAUUCCGUAGAUCAAAUGCAUGGAACGCAUAUUAGCUUGCCUUACACAUAUAGAUUUCCGUUCAAUUACUUUCCAGACGUUUAUCUACAGAAUAGAGUUACGCAGAAUGUAUUUCAUAAUUUAUUUGUCGCCUUUGGUAACCAUGGAAACACUGUUCAGCAAAGAAGUUACACCAUACAGAUGAACAAUUUCAUGAUACCGAUCAUAGAAGGGUAUCGAACUAGACAUUUUUUUACGGAGAAUCAAUUCCGACACAAUUUCUAUCAGAAUAUUUUAUGGCAGCAAAGAUUUUGUCAGCGGAGAAUGAUUGAAAACGCGUCGAUGCACGGCAGUACACAUUCUGUUGCAAGACGACGACACGAUGAUACUAAUAAUCUAGUCGGUUACGACAUUAUUAAUCGACCUUCCUUUACGACACGUCUAGGAACUAGUUCAUGGACAGAAUUAAAGAAAAGAUGGUUUGAAGAAAAAACUAUUACAAUCGACGAUGAAGAUUGUAAAAAUUUGAACGAAAGUGAGGAAGAUUGUACCGAAGUGCAAGUCGUAAAAUUUCUCAAUCCUUUAGUCAGUCCGAGAAACGUAUCCUCAAUGACAGAAAUUUUCAGUAAACUCGCUAUAAUAAAAUCAGCGCCAGAAAGAACUGUUAGAAGGAAAAAGAGCAAGUAUAAGAUAUCGUAUAAUGUAUAUUCCUGUACACAUCAUUACAAAAAGGCGAAUCCUGGUCAACCACUGUACAGCCUGGUAGUGAUAAGAAAAGAAGAUUCGAUCUUACAACCUGUUGAGUUAAAUCGCCUGCAACAGGAUGCGAAAGGUUCUCAAAUAGUAUUAGCAUAUGUGUCAAUGUCGAUAUCAUACAUUCAACCGGGUAUUAUAACGAUGCCAAACAUAAUUUAACUUUUUAUUCAAGUAAUAGUAAUGUAUUGUAU